CGGAGGCCCCGGCCCGGGGCGCGUGGCCGCCGUGCUGGGUCAGGCUCGCCUGCUCCGAGCCAUUGACCCGGGCCGUUGGUGGACGGUGGCUCUCCGUGAAAUGCCCACGUCACCCGAGUACUCGGAGCCGGGCGAUGCUUGGGCGCUGGCCGUGGGGCCGGCACGGUUUUCGGGACCACUGCACAGAGCAUGGAGAAUGAUGAACUUCCGCCAGCGGAUGGGAUGGGUUGGAGUGGGACUGUACCUGCUGGCCAGCGCAGCCGCCUUUUACUACGUCUUUGAAAUCAACGAGACCUACAACAGGCUGGCCCUGGAGCACAUCCAGCAGCACCCGGAGGAGCCCCUCGGAGGAGCCACGUGGACACACUCCUUGAAGGCGCGGUUGCUCUCCCUGCCUUUCUGGCUGUGGACAGUUAUUUUUCUGAUCCCUUACUUACAGAUGUUUUUGUUUCUUUACUCCUGCACGAGAGCUGACCCCAAGACUGUGGGUUACUGCAUCAUCCCGGUCUGCCUGGCAGUGCUGUGCAAUCGGCACCAGGCGUUUGUCAAAGCGUCGAACCAGAUCAGCAGGCUGCAGUUGAUCGACACGUGAACUGGGCGCUCACUGGCCCAGGAAGCUGCGCUGGGCGGAGGCUGUGCAGCAGUGUGACUGCAGCCUGACACAGGACAACACAAUCAUGCUGAUGACUUCAGACUCUGGAAGUAAAAUUGUGUCUGUUAUUUGCAUUCUUUAGAAACUUGAACUGAGAUUUCUAUUCUGUACAACAAAAGUGAUGACUCAAAAUUUUCCUUUAGGGAGGAAAAAUGAAUAUGAACAUUUCCAUUGUGUUAAGUGUGUAAAGGUCCAAACAUGGUCAUAAAAUUUAAAUUUUAUACAA